AUGCCUCCGCCGCCUCACGCGUACGGCCAGUCCGCCAGGUCGCUCUACCCAACCUUUCUUUCCCUCCACGAGUCUGUUCUUCUUCAACUGACCUGGGCUUGGUGCGGAAUCAAAGACGCUUUGCGAUGGGACAUAGUAUUUUCUGUGGCAGGAGACCCUGAAAUACGUGUUAACAUUUACAAGUCGCUCUUGUUCAACUCGUUGUCACUCACGUCCAUUUAUGUCUUUGAUUGUUUCCUGCAACCUCUUGUCCAUGGGCGACAGAAGUUACAUCGGAACGUGGGAUGGGUUUAUCAGGCAUUGUGGCUCUUUCCUGUCGUGGGCCUUUCUUUCUAUCUUAAUAGCUCAUGGUGUUCUAUUAUUGCAAAACGCACCUUCAUCCUCCAACACGGAAAUCGUGCAACUGCGGAACAACCUACAACGUACGCUGGAAUGAUAAAGGCCAUUGCUACCAGCGCAUACCGAGUGAUAAUGGUCUUCACCUCGUUAGCUGUCUCGUUUGCAUUCAAGAGCAUCCCGUAUGUGGGAUCGCUCCUUAGCUUCCUCUUUCUUUGCUGGGUUGAUUCAUAUUAUUGCUUCGAGUUUGUCUGGAUCGCACGGGGAUUGUCACUUUCGUCGCGCGUACGACACCUGGAAGAACGAUGGGCUUAUUACCUAGCUUUCGGUACACAUUCAACUUUCCGUUCUCCGAAAGGUAAGAGUGCUGAAGCGUCAGCUUCUAUAGGCCUCCCAACAGCUGGUCUUUGUGCCUUUGGAUCUGGUUUGGCGAAUGGCGCGAUAUUCGCGCUCGUGUUUCCUUUGUUCGUAAUUAUGGCCAUGCAUGCCCGUCCAGUUCCUAUCGACCCGUACAGUCCUUUACCUCGUGGACAAGAACCACAGGAUGCCAUCAAGCACCCCUCGCCAUUCAUCCCCAUACGUCUUCCCAUUUUCGCCCUCGUACUAUUCAUUAACGAUUGGAUUGUGAAAAUAUUUAGUGUCGGCGGUCGUUCGCGUAGCAGAACCAGUAGCAAGGGAGAAGUGGGCGAGGCAUCAGAAAGUAUUGAGGAAGGAGGUAUCAACAAGAUUGAUUCUUCGGAGCACUACCGUAGUGUAACACCAACACCGAGAAUAGGCACAGAUAGGUUGCGGAUAGGCCGUCGUAAAAUAGACUAG